AUGUCUUCUCUCACCCGAGUACUGCUCACCGCAGCUGUUGCGACCCUGGUUCAUGGCCACUCGCAGAUUUUGAACGCACAGGGUGACGCUGGAUCGCCUGCCUCGGUCGGCUUCCUGGUCGAGGGCGAGCUUGCAAGAAACUGCACCAGCAUCAGCCCCUGCCAGCAAGACGCCACCCUGAUCCGUGAUGCCGAGAUCACCGCAAACAUCGUCAACGAGUGUGGACGUACCGAGCUUGGCGGCAACAUCGACGUUGGAGAGAACACCGAGAAUGCCCUCGCUGCCAAUGCUGUUACUCAGGUCUCACCCGGCGGAGAGAUGACGGUCACGAUCCACCAGGUCAACGCUGACGGUGCCGGCCCUUACACAUGUGACAUGGACCCCACUGGCAACUCUUUGGGAGCCACCGGCCAAAUUCCUCUCGAAGUGAGCAACAACGUGCCUGGCGCCAACGGUUUCUCCCAGGCCAAGACUCAGGACUUCAACAUCACUGUCAAGAUGCCCGCCGACAUGAACUGCACUGGAGCCUCUACUGGAAACGUCUGCACAGUCCGUUGCCGAAACAACGCCCUGGCCGGUCCCUUCGGUGGAUGCUUCCCCGUCCAGCAAGCUGGCGCUGCCACGAAGACAAAUGUCGCCUCGCAGAUCACCACAGCGCAGACCCUCGACGGAGUCGACAAGCAGGUCGCACAGAACAAGCAGGACCUAUCCGCCGCCAUCGCAGCCAACCAGCAGCAAGGAAGCGAGCAGGGCCUGGCCGAUGACGCCUCUGUCAAGAAGGUUCUCAACAUUGCAGACCCCGUUAUCAAGGAGUCGCCCGUCCAGACCCCCGCGCUCGAGGCUGCUGCGCCAGCUGCCAGCGGAGCCGGCACUGCCAACACCGGCAACGCCAAUGCUGGCGGUAACACCAACACCAACACCAACACCGGCAGCACCAAGGGCAAUGGACGCCAACGCGGCGGCAAGAACGGUGGCAACGCAGCAGCGGCAGCUGGAAAUGCCAAUGCCGCCACCGGAAAUGCUGCUACUGGAAAUGCUGCCACCGGCGCUACCACCGGCGCUGCCACAGGCAACGGACGUCAACGCGGUGGCAACAACAACAACAACAAGCGUGGGGUCCGCAGCUGGGUCGAGAGGCAGGUGGCCAACGUUCACCUGUAA